UUAACAUCACGGCUCUCACUCUCUCUCUCUGCCAAUCUCAGAGACUCGUUCAGAGGCGAGACAACAAAACCAUCACCUUCUCCCUUUUAACCUUUCACACCUACACGUACGGAGAGCUUCCUGUACUUCCUCGCAAGUUCGAGCUCCGUACUCAAAUUGAAGAAGAAGAAGAAAUGAAAACCCUAAUUUCGCUUUGAAUCGGAGGAGCUCUUUCACUUCCGCUCCAUGACCAGCUUCUAAGCUCGAAUUCCGAGCAAUGUCAGUCGCGGAGCUCAAAGAGCGCCACGUGGCGGCGAGCGAGACCGUCAACUCGCUCAGGGAGCGCUUGAAGCAGAAGCGAGCCUCGUUGCUCGACACAGAUGUCGCUGGGUAUGCAAAGUCUCAGGGGAAGACUCCACUCACUUUUGGCCCCACCGAUCUCGUUUGCUGUAGAACCUUGCAAGGUCAUACAGGAAAGGUAAGAUACUUACACAUACAUAUACGUAAUACAUAUACAUCAUAUGCUUUCUGUGCUUGUGUGGUUUGUUGUAAAAAUGAGCUUCUUUUGAAUGCACUUUCAUAUGGGUUAAUGGAAUUGUUGGGCAUUGGUAGUUUGAAGUGUGCUAUUCAGAAUAAAAUGCUAAUUUUUUUAGAUUUUGAGUAUGUGAACUUCGUACUAGUGGGGUUUGACAAGUUUGGAGCGUGUCGACUAUUUUUUGAGAGGGAAAUCAUGCCUAACAAAAUGUCCACAAAAGCACUAGAUGCUUUAUUUAGCAAGUUAAGAAUUAAAUUAAUGAUUCCCACUUUGAAAUUAUUGGAAAAUAGAUUUGGAACUGGCUCAGAUGAUGGAACUUGCAGGUUAUUUGACAUCAGGACUGGGCACCAACUCCAAGUGUAUCAUCAGCAACAUGGUGAUAAUGACUACCCGCCUGUGAAAACCAUUGCAUUCUCAAUAUCAGGAAGGCUUCUUUUUGCUGGAUACACAAACGGUGAUUGCUAUGUAUGGGAUACUUUAUUGGCAAAGGUGGUUUUGAACUUGGGAUCCCUCCAAAACUCACAUGAGGCCCAGAUUAGCUGUUUGGGUUUGUCAGCUGAUGGAAGUGCCUUGUGUACAGGAAGUUGGGAUACAAAUUUAAAGAUAUGGGCGUUUGGAGGCCAUAGGAAAAUAAUUUAAGCCUAUUAGGGAGCAGACAUCUCCUCUUUGUAUCCUGAAUUUCAGCUUCUCUCAGACCCACGGUUCUUGAUGCCUCUCAUAGUAUAUCCUUUGUACCUUUCUGUGUUGUUGAUGAAGAUACUGGGUAUGAGAAUCUAGAAUCCUCUAAUGUGUUGCUUGUUGUAACCCACUCAUUGGAAAAACUGACAAUUUUAAUAUUGAGCAAAAGAUACAUAUACAUUUCGUGAGAACUCGGGCGUGAGAAACCUCCUCAUCUGCUCUUUGCCUGAAUA